UUCAAACAAACUGAUAUAUUCAUUGUACACGAGUCUUUUCUGGUUGAAUAUAUUUUUACAUUCAUUCAAAUAAGAAAAAUGUCUCAUCGUACAGAUGCGAUCAUCUGGUUUCUGAAAAGAAGAGAGAGACUAGAAUAUGGAAAAAUUCAAAUUCAAGCCCAAUAAACCCUGAACAAAAUUUAAAGCCUGGCCCUUGUCUGACCAUCUGGGCCUUCUUUUGAUUUCAAUUUUGGGAAAUUCAGAUUGCGUCGACGCAUUUCUUUUGAGGGAUGGAUCUGCUUUCUCGUCGGCGGCUAAUCAAAUUCUUCCAGAGGGUUUUGAAAGAAAUUUCUCGAGAUGGGUCAAGCUCAAAGUGACGAGAACUCAAUUCCGACGACGACGACAACGAACACUCCUCCUCCUUCUGCGAAUUCACCUCGGGAUUCUGAAGAUACUUCGUCGCCAUCGAUGGAUUCUCUUCUUGCAGAAGCUGCAGCAUAUGGUGAAGAUGAUAAUGAGAAUGAGUCUCUUGAAGCCAAAGCACAGAGAGCUCUCGAUUGUCCUUGUAUAGCAGAUUUGCGUAAUGGCUCUUGCGGGUCUCAGUUCUCCGAGGCAUUCCUUUGCUUUCUCAAAAGCACUGCUGAAGAAAAGGGAUCAGACUGCGUGAAUCCAUUUGUAGCAUUGCAAAGCUGUAUCAAUGCCAAUCCGGAUGCAUUCUCUAAAUCAGUUACAGGGGACGAAAAAGAAACCGAGAAAAAGGAAGAGCAGCCUCCUGUGCAAGACCAUAGAAUCAUCCCUCCUCUCUGGGCCAAAGACCCGCCUCGCAGUGGCAAUUCCAAGCUUUAGAAUAUCAACAACAAUGGAGUCAGCAUCAGAAGCUAGUCUCUCCUCUUUUGAUUCUUUUCUCUAGACAGCACUUUUAAGAAUGUAAAAGAAGAGUAGAAGACCAUGAUCAGUGGUCGUGUAGAUCAACAUUGUUCUUUCUUUUUUAAUACUAAAAAGCUGAGAUUUUUGGUUAUUUGCUUGCACCAUUUAAACUAACUUUAUGCUGUGAUAAUUUGGUAAACCAAACGGUUAAUGUUACAGAGUUGGGUUUUGGUUCGGUUUCAUAAAACAAUUGAG